ACACGACGUCCUCGUGUUAAUUAUGUUAUCGUUCGUUACAGAGUGUUGAUCGGUAUUUAUUAUCUCUCGCUCUCUCUCUCUCUCUCUCUCUCUCUCUCCAUCUGCCUGUCUCUCUCUUUCUCUCUCUCUAACUCUUUCUCUUUCUGCCUGCCUCUCUCUCUUCUCUCUCUCUCUCUCUCUCUCUCUCUCUCUCCAACUCUCUCUCUCUUUCUGCCUGUCUCCCCCUCCUCUCUCUCUCUUUCUGCCCGUCUCUCUCCCUCUGCCUGUUUCUCUCACCCUCUAUAGUAUUUUUCUAGGUCUUUCUUUCUCACUCCCUCUUUUUGGCUCUUUCAUUUUUUCUCGUUUACUCUCUCUCUCUCUCCCUGUCUCUCUCCCUGUCUCUCUCCCUGUCUCUCUCCCUUGCUGUCUCAUUUCUUCAUCCCCCCCUGAUCUCUCUCUGUCCACUCUUUCCCCAUCCCUCCCUCCUCUCUCUCUGUCUCUCUCACUCUAUUCUCCAUCCCUCCUUCUUUCUCUCUCCUCUCUCCCUCCCUAGCCCUCCUCUCACUCCUGUCUCUCUCCUUUUUCUCUCCCUCCCCUCUCUCUCCUUUCUCUCUCUCCCCUUCUCUAUCCUCUCACUCCAUCCCUCCUCUCUCCCUCUCCUCUCUCUCUCACCUCUAUCUUCCCCCCUCUCUCUGUCCCUCCCCCCUUUCCUCCUCCUCCCCUCCCCCUGUCUCUAUGCCCUCGCAAACGCUCCCGUUGCAGCGUCACUUCCCGUCAAGGCGCGUGGCAAAAUGUUGAACUUUCAAAAAACGGAUCUCAAGAAAUAGUGGACCGAUCACGCGACUCUGUCCGCUGUGUGUUUAGCGUUCUACAACCUCGGCCGUGCUCUGACCUUUCAUCAACGUUAUGGGAUCUCUUCACAGGAUGACACUAGGCAGCAACAACCAAUAGUGCAAGCUGUCUUUUGUCAGGUAAGACGAAACCUUUCUUCCUAUUUGUUUGAUUUUCCUUCUUUUUUUUCUUUUUUUUGUAUAGGAGGCAAAAAAAUAGAGCUUCUUCAGCGCCGUAAAAAUAGAAAAUAAAAAGAUCUUUGAACUAGGAAAUAAAAAGAUCUUUGAACAAUGAAACAUUCUGGUGCUCAAAACUUUCUGUUUAACAGCAUGACGUCACAUUGAAUUUAACGCGAUAUUUUAUGAUAAUGAAAACAAAAAAAUCGUGAAAAUGUUUGGAAUCAAUUUUUAUAAAUUAAAAAGUAAGGAACUGUCAAGUACAGACCUGCACAACUCAAAACGUAAGGCGGGCCCUAGUGCUUUAUGAAAACUUUUGCGGGACGAAACAAAAUAGGAAAAAAAGGAGGGGGGGGGUAGUAGAAUAGUAAUAAUUAAAAAAAAUUGUUUUACUUCGUCGGCCACAGAUGUGCUGCCUUGACCUUCUGGGGCAAAAAAAAAAAAAAAAAACUGAAUAAUUAGUCAAAUGUCCCUGGUCACAUUUAAAGGCCCUGGUAACAAAAUGAAACGGGGAAAGGGGGGGUGGGGCUAGUGGCCGCUUUAUUGAUUUUAUGAAAAAAAGGCUUCUUUUUAAUUUAAAAAAAAGUCUACUUAAGGUACUGUUAGCUUGACAAUCAUCGAAUUUCUGAGUUAUCUGUGUUUGAAAGUAGUGCAUUAAUCCGAUCACUAGGAGUACAUUUACCGUAUAGCGGAUAGCGUUAUGUUAUAAGGCCUCUUAUCUUAUCCUUCUGUUAAUGGGCAAUACAAUAAUAUGACAGUGCAGGCAGUGCAGCCGUUUACAUGAUGUGUUCUUGUGUUGACACGAGUUUUGUUAAUUAAUAAAGAACAAUAUAUGAGGAGAUGGGUUCCAACCCUGUAAAAAAAAAUACAACUACAUAUUUUGUUUCACUAUUUUGAUUAAUUGCAUACAGUGUUUUAUUAAUGGCGAGUGAUUUUGUUUAUAUUAAUUACAUUUGUUGCCCUAUCAAUUACAUAAGUUUCCCUAUCAAUUGCAUAGGUUGCCCUAUCAAUUGCAUAAGUUGCCCUAUCAAUUGCAUAAGUUGCCCUAUCAAUUACAUAAAUUUCCCUAUCAAUUACAUAGGUUGCCCUAAAAAUUAAAUAAGUUGUUUAUCAACUACAUAAGUUGCCCUAUCAAUUGCAUAAGUUGCCCUAUCAAUUACAUACGUUGCACUAUAAAUUAAAUCAGUUGCCAUAUUAAUUACACAAGUUGCCCUCUCAAUUACAUAAGCUGCCCUAUCAAUUGCAUAAGUUGCCCUGUCAAUUAAAUAAGUUGCCUCAUCAAUUACAUAAGUUGCCAUCUCAAUCAAAUAAGUUGCCUCAUCAAUUACAUAAGUUGCCCUAUCAAUAACAUAAGUUGGCCUAUCAAUUACAUAAUCUGCCCUAUCAAUUACAUAAGUUCCCCUAUCAAUUACAUUCGUCGCCCUAUCAAUUACAUAAGUUGCCCUAUAAUUUACAUAAGUCUCUCAUCAAUCACAUUUUCUGUUCUGUUAAACAAGAGGUGCUCUAUCAUAAGUUCUAUCAUUAGGCUACAUAUGCUAUUUAUGCUAUAAAUUAUACAGACCUAAGGUUUUCUUUCAUGCGCAUAUCUUAUUAAUUAUACAAGAAGUUUUCUAAUACAUUACAUGGGAUGUUCUAUUUAUUACAUAGGGUGUUCUAUUUAUUACAUGGGGUUUUCUAUUUAUUACAUGGGGUGUUCUAUUUAUUACGCAGAAUGAUCUAUUUAUUACACCGUAUGUUCUGUUUAUUCAACGGGGCGUUCUAUUUAUUACACGGGUGUUCUAUUUAUUACACAGGGUGUUCUAUUUAUUACACAGGGUGUUCUAUUUAUUACACAGGGUGUUCUAUUUAUUACACGGGGUGUUCUAUUUAUUACACGGGGUGUUCUAUUUAUUACACGGGGUGUUCUAUUUAUUACACGGGGUGUUCUAUUUAUUACACAGGGUGUUCUAUUUAUUACACAGGGUGUUCUAUUUAUUACACAGGGUGUUCUAUUUAUUACACAGGGUGUUCUAUUUAUUACACAGGGUGUUCUAUUUAUUACACGGGGUGUUCUAUUUAUUACACAGGUUGUUAUAUUUAUUACAUGGGGUGUUCUAUUUAUUACACAGGGUGUUCUACUUAUUACACAUGGUGUUCUAUUUAUUACAUGGGGUGUUCUAUUUAUUACAUGGGGUGUUCUAUUUAUUACAUGGGGUGUUCUAUUUAUUACAUGGGGUGUUCUAAUUAUUACACGAGGUAUUAUAUUUAUUGCAUGAGGUGUUCUAUUUAUUACGCGGGAUGUUCUAUUUAUUACACGGGGUGUUCUAUUUAUUACACGAGGUGUUAUAUUUAUUACACGAGGUGUUCUAUUUAUUACAUGGAGUGUUCUAUUUAUUACACAGAAUGCUCUAUUUAUCACACCGGAUGUUCUGUUUAUUCAACGGGGCUUUCUAUUUAUUUCACAGGGUGUUCUAUUUAUUACACCGGAUGUUCUGUUUAUUACACCGGAUGUUCUGUUUAUUCCAGGGGUAUUACUAUUAAUUACCCUGGGACCAGACGAAAAUAUAGAAAGAAACAUAUCAACUAAUAACAACACAUGAGCAACAGCAGGUGUCUUUGCCGCAGCGGAGAUUAUUCUUGCUGGGGUUUGGGAGGUGGUCAAUCACCCUGAAAAGUUUGAGAAGCACUCGCCUUUUCAAGUUUUAUUGACAUAUAAUUACGUUUUUUUUUUUUUUAAAAACUGAUAUAUUUGUAAUUAUUAUAAUUUAGAUUUAUAAUUAUAAAUUCCCCUAAUUUUGGGUUAUUGCUAUUAAAAAAAUAAAAAUAAAAAAAAUCUUUACACUUCGAGUAUCAGAUAUUUAGUGUAAUAGCCAGCCUGCAACAGGCGGCAGGUUUCUAUCUCUACAAACACUAUCAGUCGUUUUGUUGUUGUUGUUGUUUUUUUGGUAGCUCGACUCGUCAGCUCACACUUUGUAAGCACCGACCAGCCCACACUUUGUAAGCACCGACUGACAACCUCGCAGGGACAAUGAGGGACAUGAUCAACUCUUUCUCUGGGGGUGACCGCCCUGUCAAAGUUUAUUACGUCAACAAGGGCGCCGAGUUUGGUGAUCUGCCGCCCCACAAAACGGACACGUACGAGCUGCCCCACAAGUCUCCACAAAAGUCUGGUAUGUAUUGUGCUACACCUGUACCCCAGGAAUGUAUUGUAACCCACCUGUACCUCGGGUAUGUAUUGUACUACAAGUAUACCUCAGUUAUGCAUUGUACUACAACUGUACCAAGUUCAUCAUUCGGUGAUUGUUGGGGGUCCAUGAGAAAUAAAAUUGUCUUCAAUGACAUUUUCUUAGUUUUCCUGAAAAUUAACUUAAAUAUGAAUAAAUCAAUCGAUAAAAACAUCCCCCAGAGAAUCCGGCAGAUAUACUAUAUAAAGAAUUUAGAAAAGUAAAAUGCCGUUAGAUCUAGUUUUUUUUUUUCUCUUUUUUUUUGAUUUUUUUUGUGUGGAUUUUUUUGGUCAUUGCACUUCUUCAAACAAUACACAUACAAUCAUGUAAUAUUUUAUUGUUUCAUUUUUCUGUGGUAUUUUUUUGAUGUUGCUAGACUAUUGAAUUAUUAAAAAGAUUUGAAAUUUGAUGUCGAUCAAGCAAGAUCCGGCUCAAUUCUUCCACAGAUAUAAUCACACGAAAAGAUCAUCGAAGUCACUUAGAAGCUCCUCCAUUUUGGCAUCAACAUCUCGUAAUUAACACUUCUCCAUUUUGGCAUCAACAUCUCGUAAUUAACACUUCUCCAUUUUGGCAACAACAUCUCGUAAUUAACACUUUUACUAAAAAAAAAAAGGUUUUGAAAUGAAGUACCGAUAAAUGUGAUGAUGUUAGAAAUCGUUUAAGAAAUAUGGAUAAAAAUGGUUGUUUAGUGGUGUUGGUGUUCUUAAAUGAGUAAAGCUAAAUUUAGAAUGUUGGGAGGUGGGGGUCGUUAUGUGGGGGUGGGGGGUGGGGGUGGUGGUUACAGGGUGGCAUGUAAGGGAAGUAAAGUUUUGGUUAAUUUUGAAAAAAAGGCCAAGGUUUGACACCGGUUAAUAUAAGGGCUGGAUAGAAGACUGCGUUGAUUAUUCAGGUUUUGGUCUCCAUCUUUAUCUUGGGUGAAUUAACAACGGGACGGGCUGGUAUCCGACUUCAGUUGCUAUCUGUCUGUACUCUACUGUUAUGUCUCUCAUUCCUUUUUCGUCCUCGAUGACAACCCUCCCCCCCCCCCCCCCCCUCCAUAUAUUUAAAUUUCCGGCGUUGUCGGAACCGCUGAACAUUGGUUUAUGUCCAGAUUCUCUGGAGUACGGUUUUUUUGUUUGUUUUGUUUUGACAUGACCUCAGUCUAUACUGCACUGAUUUAAUACAUGACCUCAGUCUUGACUGUACUGAUUUUUUAAGUGGUAAUUAACAAUAAACUUUUAAUUUGGUACUUUUCAUUCUUCUACCUCCAGAUGACGAUAAGACUGUUAAGUCGCAAGAGGACACCAUCGAAAUCCAUGUAAGUGUUUGCAUUUCUAUAGUUUUAAUUUGCUGUUUACUCAGAGUUAAGCCUCUUGAAGAAAGAGCGCCAAGAUGAAUAUUGUUUGGCUCUCAGUAACUUCUGCUCUUAAUUUUAAGGCUGAAGAUAGCGAAAUUCCUAAUAAAUAAAUACAAUUUUUUAAAGGAAAUAUAUAAUUACGUUAGUUUAAAUAAACGGACAACUUGUCAGGUCUUCUUCAUACCACUUUUAAUUAAUUAUUGCAAGUAAACUUCCUGCACAACUUUUAUAACUGUAUACGAGUGUGGUAACGGUCGAUUGACUCGACUCUAUUGUGCAGAUUAAGCAAUGUUACCAUGCCGUCCUUCCUCAGGUGUACAAGAGGCGGUGGUACAUCCUCGCCGUGUACAGCUUGUUCGCCUUCACGCAGGCCCUGAUCUGGAACACCUGGGGCCCCAUCGCCACCACGAGUGAGGAGGCGUUCGGCUGGAGCGACGCCAACGUCGCCUGGCUGACCAACUGGGGUCCGGUCUCAUUCGUGCUGGUUGGGUUUCUGUUCCCGUGGAUACUGCAAGUCAAAGGUACGCCGAAACCAGGUGUCCUCAAACUAAUGCCCGCGGGUACAGUUCCGUCUCGACAGUGGUCCUUAAUCCGGCCCGUCUGGUCACUGUAGGGUUACCUGGUGAACAGCAAAAAAUAUGGAGGCAGAGAUUGAUCUUCUCAUUGGCCCAGCUUCUCUUUGAAAUACUAUUAAGUUUGUGUUGGAAAUAUAUUUCCUUUAUUUUAAAUAUGAUAUUGUUUUUUUUUUAAUUGUUAUUUUUUUCCACUAAAAUAAGAUAUUUGCUAUGUGCAUAGAAUUCGUUCAUUUUUUUUUUUCACACUUAGUCCGGCCCUCGAGGGUGUCUGAGGACAAUGAUCCAGCACCUUGUUUAAAAAAAGUUUGAGGACUCCUGGUCUAAACUUUGAUGAUAUAUAUCAAAAGCGUUUAAAAUGUUAAGAGAUCCCAGGGCCACUCCAUAUUUGAAAGAAAUAAAAAAAAUGAUCAAACUCUAGUAUUUAAAAUAGAUAGUCUACAUGAGCAAUUGAAAUGACCUAAUUAUUAUUAUUAUUUUUUUAAAAUUUGUUAUGCACUUCUUAAUUUUUUUUUAGUUAUACUUUAGUUAGAUUGUAUUUUCAUGAAUCAAAUGUUCCCUCUCCAAUGAAGGCGUUAGGUGGGCAGUGGUCCCAAGCGCGUUCCUAAUUGCUCUGGGGACAUGCUGUAGAGUUAUUACGUCAGAGACAGAGGCGGCUACCAUGUGAGUUUCUCCGUAGGAUUUAAUACGUGUUUGUUGGGUUUGUACAUGUUUGUCACCCAUCCUUGUUAAAGAAACUUAUGUUUUUUUUAAAUUGAUUAAUUUUAGAUAUAAAAAGAUAGAGAGAGAGAGAGCGAGAGAAAGAGUGAGAUAGAGAGGGAUAGUAAGUGAAAGAGAGUGACAGAGAGAGAGAGAGAGUGAGACAGGGAGUGUGUGAGGGAGAGAGAGAAAGUGAGUGACAGAGAGUGACAGAGAGAGAUGGAGAGAGAGAGAGAGAGAUAGAGACAGAGUUACAGAAAGUGUGUGUGUGGAGAGAGAGAGAGAGAGAGAGAGAAAGAGAGAGCGUUGAGUAAGAUCAUUAUUAUUUAAAACACAAUAAAAAUGAUAUGAAAUAAUAGAUUUUAAAAUUAUUUUUUCAUAGAAAAACGAAAGCUAUACGCAAGGCAAUGAAAAAGAAGAGCUAUAUCUUACCAUUAGGACACAUUGCUAAAUAAUGUAAUUUACUCAUGUACCAGCCUGUAUGGCUGCGGGGACGAAUUAGAGCCUCAGCAGCAUUAUAAUUUGCUCUUCAUCUUCAGACUUAUUCACAUAGGCCAGUUCUUUAACGGCUUGGCCGGGCCAAUGGCCAUGAGCGGCAUCUCAAGCGUGUCAUCGUCCUGGUUUCCGCCUCAUGAAAGGGUCACGGCCACGGCCAUUGGGGUCAGCACGUGCUAUUUUGGUGCUGCGAUAGCUUUUGUUGUAGGUGAGUGAAAGCUGGUGCUAUAGCUUUUGUUGUAGGUGAGUGAAAGCUGGUGCUAUAGCUUUUGUUGUAGGUGAGUGAAAGUUGGUGCUAUAGCUUUUGUUGUAGGUGAGUGAAAGCUGGUGCUAUAGCUUUUGUUGUAGGUGAGUGAAAGUUGGUGCUAUAGCUUUUGUUGUAGGUGAGUGAAGGUUGGUGCUAUAGCUUUUGUUGUAGGUGAGUGAAAGUUGGUGUUAUAGCUUUGGUUGUAAGUUAGUGAAGGUUGGUGCUUUAGCUCUUGUUUUAGGGGAGUGAAGGCUGGUGCUAUAGAUUUGGUUGUAGGUUAGUGAAGGUUGGUGCUAUAGCUCUUGUUGUAGGGGAGUGAAGGUUGAUGCUACAGCUCUUGUUGUAGGGGAGUGAAGGUUGGUGCUAUGGCUUUUGUUGUCGCAACCCAAACCUCCACACGCUACUCCAACCACCCAGACUAAACAUAGAUGGCAUACGUAUUAGUCUAAUCUAUCCCCAGACACACAUAUUUUAAACAAUGAGAUUGAAAUACUAUUUUUUAUAAGCAAUUCAACUAUCUUAUAAGUUUUCAUCUUAUAUGUUUUCUCACAUGUACAAUAUAUAGAUAAUAGAACCAACCAAUACGAGUUAUUUGUUUUUUUUUCUCCCACUAAAAAUAAGCUAUGUGCUUUGUGCAUACGUCAUAUGGUGCAUGCGUCUAUUGCUAUAUCCCCCCCCCCCCAUCUUAAAGAGAGUAACGGUUUUUAUUCCAACCCAGGCCCGACACUGGUAUCUCUGGAACCUCGUCUUGACCCCAAUGCCACCACGCUGACCCCAACAAUCAACGUGUCCUCCUCAUCAUACGAUGCAGUCUACUCCUCUCACCUGUAAGUCCACCCGCCCGCAAAAGUCUGAAUACUCAGCUAUUAAACUAUGCUUUUUUUAGAUGUUAUUACAAGACACUGUCGCGCAACCGUACUUAGCAUUUGCGAAAUUCUCAUUCUAAUAAUAAAUGGUUGUAUUGACGUUUUGUAAGUUUACUUUUAGCAUUACUCACUAUUUAAAUUCACAUUGGUUUUUGACAAAAAUUUUUACAAUAAAAAGGGAAUUUUUUUAAAUUUUACAAAUGAACUUUAACUUUAAUUUUGAGCAGAGCUUUCGAAUUGAAAUGACCGAUUAUAAGAAUACUUUUAUUUAAAAAAAAAAAAAAAAUUAAAUUUAAAAUGAAAGUGGCCAUUAAGAUAGUAAAUAUCUAUAGCAUCCAUACGUUGAACGAAUAGAACAAAGUUUCAUCACAAUUUUGUUAUUUCUUCUCUUAGGGAAAUAUUUUAAAAUGACCAAUUAUAAGAAUACAUUUAUUUAAAAAAAAAAAAAAAAAUUAAAUUUAAAAUGAAAGUGGCCAUUAAGAUAGUAAAUAUCUAUAGCAUCCAUACGUUGAACGAAUAGAACAAAGUUUCAUCACAAUUGUGGUAUUUCUUCUCGUAGGGAAAUAUUUUUGGCAUUCGUGGCUUUAAAAGUAGAAAUGUAUUAUGAGCGACGAGGCACUGACAUUAAAUCCACUUAGCUUACCUUCAUCAGAUACACACUACAAGCUUUGAUCCUAACAGUAACAUAGAUGGAUUAUUAAACAACCCCUAAAUACUAAGUUUUUCGUAUAAAUCCUUUCUAAAAGGUGAUAUGGAGCAAUGGGGGGAGGGAGGGAGGGGGUAGGGCUGAAAAUUUGACAAAACUUGCAAACAACUAAUGCACUUUUUAAAAAUAUCAAAUAGUGGCGCGGCCCCCCCCCCCCAACCAGGAUCGCAACAGCACAUUUUUUUCAUGCCCUUGACCUAUAUUAAUAUUUUAAUUCACACCCGAAUUUUACACACCAGAUUUAUUUCACCAACUAUUUCAGAAAAACAAAAGAAAAUAUUACGCACCAAACGCACUUGCGAUAUUGCUUUAAAACGAAUCAUAUUUAGCACAGUUAUUGGUAUUUCAAUUUAUAUUUCCCUUGAAAGACAGGAAAAACCUGAUUUUUGGGGGGUUGUGGCUAAAAAUGUGACAGAACGUGCUGUCAUCGAUAAGUUAACGGGAAGUGGGUCAAUUAGCCGUCCAAAGAGUUUUGCCUGUCCGCCACUCAGCCACUCACCCACGAACAAAAGCAAAGUUAAUGUUAAAGAUUUUAAAAGAUAUAAAUUAUAGAUUCGUUGUCAAUUUAAAAAAAAAAUAAUAUAGAUAUGACGUGGAGCCUACUAAACGUAAAUGAUGCGUCUCUCUCUUUUAUCCUCAGAACCCCAGCAUCCAGCGUUAUUUCAAAUGUUUCCAUGACAAAUGAUAGCAUUGGUUUGUACUUAAUGUUUAAAUUUUUAGUCUUUAUGAAAUUUAAUAGAUUUAAGUAGUUCAGUCAAAUAGAAUUUUGUUUUACUAAGAAUAUAACUCUGUAAUAAUUUUUUUUAAAAAUCCCCAACACAAUGAACAUUUGCGCAUAUGAAUUGUUGUGAGCAUAAUACGUAGGCCUAUGUACUUACUUUAUUUGCCACAAUAUAACAAAAGGUUUUGAUGCUUCGCUAAAACAUCAUUUUAAAGACAUUACCUUCAAGGGUUCUUAUCUUUUGAAAAUGAAACAAAAAUACGUUUUCAAACCUCUGCCCAGACAACGAAGGGGGCACGUAGUCAAGCUGCCCUAUAAAAGCAGACUAUGGUAAAAGGAACGUUAUUGAGGGCAGAUACGGAGACCAUGGAUGGAGCCUUGCUGGUUUUUCAGUCAUGUUACCCAGCUUGUCAAAUGGACAAUUUGGUCACGUGUCGAUCCCCAUUUAAAACCUACUGCCCCACAACAAAAAUUAUUUAUACCAUGGAAGUUAUUGUUUCAAACGAUAAAAUCUCCUGAAAGCGUUCUUUGAGGCCAGGUAGGUUAUCCUACAAGAAGCGAAAUUUUCGAGGCCAGGUAAGCUAUCCUGCUUGAAGCGAAACAUAGUCAAGUUAUAUUUUUAAGAAGCGAACUCUUCGAGGCCAAAUCAGUUAUCCUGCUAGAAGCGAACCCAAGUUUUUUUGUUAUAACGUUACCAGGACAGAAACUUAAAAUCUACAAUACUUUUUCCAUGUACUCUGUAACAGAAAAGCAUACCACAAUCAGUCUCAGUGAAAUACUGUUUCUUAAUGAUAAAAAUAUGUUAAAACAUUUCUCUCGUCUUCCACGUGCGUAACUUGAAAUAAUACAAGUUACUCCUAUUCCCGUUAUUGCCAAAUCUCUCAUUUCUCCAGAUGCUAUCAGAAUGAAGCAAGCAAAAGAGCAAAUAAUGAACUACAUGUAUUACGGUAUGUGGCUUCUAAAUAAUUUAGAUCUGAAUUAUGUUAAUGCAUCGCUUGUGUGUGUGUCUGUCUUACUAUAUGAUUGUUACAUCUCCCCCUUAAAUAUCUUUUCAAUUACUAAAACUAUAUUAUAUACAAAGCAAUACAAGUGUGAUUGACUUGGGUGGUCAUUUGAACAGAAGAAUUCAGUUACAAAUUUAACAACCCGUCAAAGAAAUGUUUUUCGAAUAAAUCCUUGAUAGUCUAUUUUAUUUUAAAAAUUGAUAUUCUAAUGUCCCACCCCCUUUUACACAGCAGAUUUAUUUCACCAAUUAUUUGAGAAAAACACAAGAAAAUAUUACGCACAAAACGACCUUGCGAUUUCUAAUUAAAAAAUCAGCGCUUUAUCGGGAGACUUAUCUCGUGAAAUUGGCGGCGUCAUAUUUCCUCCAUGUUCCCGUUGACAAACAGGAAAAACUGUUUUUGUGGGGUUAGAGUUGGGGCUGGAAAUUUGACAGAAUGUGUCGUCAACGGAAACGAAUCUACGUGCCACGUCUCAGCUCCAUAUAUUGAAGGGAAGUGGUUCAAAUAGCCAUCCGAAGAUUUUGUCACAGAAAGAAACACACCAAGAAAGCGAAGCUAAUAUAAAGGAUCAGUAUUUUUUAAAGUCAUUGAAACAAUUCAUUUUCUACAUUAACAUUUUUUGUGUUUUAGAAAAAAAAAAAUAUUUAAGCUAAAAUUUCGAUCAGAUUUCCCCGACUUUGGAGAUUAGAAAUUUACCACACACCCUAGAUUCGGGGUAUACUUUUUUAUCUAGACAAUAUUUGACAUGUGUUUAAAUAAAGGAGCUUUAAACGAAAUAAAAUCCCCAGAAUGUGGCUGGGCCUGUCUGAUAUUUCUACUCACUGCCAUCUACUUCCCGUCAAAACCACACCGACCACCGUCUACAUCAGCAUCAACAACCAGGGAAGACUACUGGGCUGGUCUGUGGUCUUUGAGACAGUAAGUCUCGGUAAUUUCCCUUGUCUUUUUGCCGUUUUUGUAGCUAUUUGCAGCAAGUCUUCCUAACAUACGUGUCCUUAUUGAGAUCUAAGCCCUAACAUUAUAAUAAAAAACAAAGUUUUUACAAAAUUAUGGAUGAUUAUUUCAAUGCUCGACCUAUAUAAUGUUAUAAAUUAAUCAACACUUUGUAGCUUGGAUUAACGCUAAUAUUUCAUUCGUUUGUUGCAUUGCCUUCCAAGCUCUAAUACUGACGAACUCAGAGCCAAACAGCAACCACUUCGAACUUUUAUUCCAUUUUCAGUAAGAGCCACUUCAUCCUUCUGGCCACCGUGUACGGCAUAUCGACUGGCGUGACCAACUGUUGGGCCACUGUACUCAAUGUCAACUUAAAUCCCUACGGCGUCAGCGAGGUGAGGAGAUGGGAUUUAAAAUGUAUCCUUACCUAAACCUCAGCUUUCUGAAGGCCGUAUUUCUCAACCUUUUCUCAACAUUUUCUUUUUACUCGUGGCGGCAGCGAAUAGUUAUCGCUGGUACUGGUAGGUCUCUUUUGACCCAUAAAACAUUGUUUAGAGGUAGGGUUCUCUUCGUAACGGCCACAGGAAACAAUGUCAAAGUAAACAAAUUACAUUUCCCUUAGCCCUCGCAGAGCUCAUGUGUUGUAAGAUUAAAAUAAAUGUGUUGUAUGAUUCAAAUGACAAAGUGUGUUGAAAAGUUUUAGGUUUCUUUAUUUGCUAGCGUCGUAUGCACGUCAGUCAAAAAUGCACGUCAGUCAAAAAUGCACAACAGUCCACAAUAUGGUCGAAAAUGCAUGAGACACAUUCACCGGCGUUCAGAAUAAAUAGAUGUGCCCAUAAAUCCACCCAGGGGACCUUAAGACCCAAGUUGAGAAACGCUCAUGGUCAACAGAAUACAAGAAAAAUGUACCCUUAAGUUAUUGGGCGGGCAUACGUAACGUUAUACUGCUGCCUACUAUUUUAAAUAAAUAUCUAGCUUACGACACCGAAUCCUCAUAUCAAUUACAACAUCAUCAUUUACAAGCUUCUUGAGCUUUUAAAACAACAUUUCGGAGCUCCUCAAACUGUUUGCCCGACAAUGGUAUUCAAUGGAAUAGAUCCGUCUCUGAGCAAGGCGAUCCUUGGUUAAUCACGGGUGUAGAGUCUACAACUACAAACAUGUGGGAAGUUUAAUAUUAUACCAUGAUUUUAAUGAUUUACACAUUUUAAUUUUAACUAAAGUUAAAGAACUUUGAUUUAUUUGACAGAACAAGUCAGGGUGGCUUGGCUUCUACGCGACAGUGGCUUCCUGUGCGUGUGCUCUGUUUGUUGGAAGGUGAGAUGUCACAAUGCUUACAUUAAAUUUAUGAAUUCAAGCAAUCGGAGAUGAGUUAUUACCACUUGUCUCCGAGAACCAAAGAGUUCAAGCAUGUUCCACAAGCUUCAGCAUGGCCUCAAAGUCGUGCGCAGACUUACUUGUCGUGUAUGGACUGACUUUGACCUCUCCAAGUCAUGAAAAGAUGACUGUGAAUCUCCAAGUCAUGAAGAGAUUUACUGUGACAUCUCCAAGGCAUUAAAGGACUGACCGUGACCUCCCCAAGUCAUGCAAUCACUGACCGUGACCUCACCAAGUUCUGCAGUGAUUUACUGUGACCUCUCCAAGUCUUGCAGAGAUAUGACUGUGACCACUCGAAGUCAUGCAUAAAUUGACUGUGACCUCUCCAAGUCAUGCAGAGAUUGACUGUAACAUCUCCCAAGUCUUGUAGGUACUGACUGUGACCUCUCCGAGUCACGCAGUGGCGGACUGUAACAUGCUGUAAAACUCACAUCUAGCUUUAAGUUUAAUGCUCAACAAUCAAAAAGCCAAGAACUGAAAACUUUUGCUUUUAAUUUUCUUUUUUACAACAUCAUGUUGGUUCCCGAGUUUAACCGUGUAUUCAUUCCCUAUAACAACGGCACAUUAGAUGUAAUGGAUUCGCUCGGUCGCCAACAUGUCAGUCUGGUUUAACCUGCCGUUCUAACAUAAGUCAAUAUAAUAGAAAUUUUAAUUCUGUUAUGUUAAGAAGAUUUAAACCACUUUUUGUUGUCUCAUAAACCUUUACACUGUUUUCUUUUUUAAAAAUGGCAAUCUUAAUCCUCCCAUCUAAACCCACCCAUCUCCUCCCACCCAUCUCAACCCACCCAUCUCAACCUACCCAUCUCCUCCCACCUACCUCAACCCGCCCCUCCCAAUCGCAACAUGUCCAGGUUCGGGGAUCUGUUCGCCAGCAGAAUGAAAGCCUGCAUCCUCUUCUUCUUCAUCAUCGGCUGCGGGUGCUACACGGUGUUCGCGCUGAUGCUUAUUGACGUCAUCCCGUUCUCUGAUGGUAAGCUUGGCUUACGUGACAUUAAGUUUGGACAAUAAGAAAUCGUAAAACGUGGGCUUGUAGCACGACUGUGACUUUACAAUUCUCUCCCACCACCAAACAGAUUGGACAUACAUUUCUACAACAUAAAUAUCUAGGUGCGACCCGUAAUGCCUUGACUCCACAAGUAGACAAGGUUGGUUGCACUUUUAACCCCACCACCCCCCAACCACAAAAAAAAAGGAUUAAUGUUAGGAUUUUAUUAAUUCCGAGACAACUUAGAGACAUUUCGCUUACAUCUGAUGAAUUUGUGUGUUGGUCAAUGCUCAAAGCUUCUUAAUAUAUAUGUAUCUAUUGUUAAGCCGAGAGGGUUCUCAAUUACUACAUACAACACGAUGAGGAUCUUGCAGCGAACAAAUCUGCACCUUCACGAGGAACCCAGCCCAAGUGAAAGUCAGCAGUAGGAGGAACACAGCCCAAGAAAAAGUCAGCAGUGCGAGGAACACAAGUGAAAGUAAGCAGUUGGAGGAACACAGCCCAAGAGAAACUCAGCAGUAGGAGUAACAUAGCCCAAGAGAAAGUCAGCAGUAGGAGGAACACAGCCCAAGAGAAAAUCAGCAGUAGUAGGAACACAGCCCAAGAGAAAGUCAGCAGUAGGAGGAACACAGCCCAAGAGAAAGUCAGGAGUAGGAGGAACACAGCCCAAGAGAAAGUCAGGAGUAGGAGGAACACAGCCCAAGUGAAAAUCAGCAGUAGGAGGAACACAGCCCAAGAGAAAGUCAGCAGUAGGAGGAACACAGCCAAAGAGAAAGUCAGGAGUAGGAGGAACACAGCCCAAGUGAAAAUCAGCAGUAGGAGGAACACAGCCCAAGAGAACGUCAGCAGUAGGAGGAACACAGUCCAAGUGAAAAUCAGCAGUAAUAGGAACACAGCCCAAGUGAAAAUCAGCAGUAGGAGGAACACAGCCAAAGUGAAAAUCAGCAGUGCGAGGAACACAGUCCAAGUGAAAAUCAGCAGUAAUAGGAACACAGCCCAAGUGAAAAUCAGCAGUGCGAGGAACACAGCCAAAGUGAAAAUCAGCAUAACGAUAAAGUCACAGCCAGCAAGGCUUGAAGAUGUAAAUUAAAAAUAAGUGCACAGCUCAAAUGUUUAUAUUUUCAAAAUGCACAAUGAACUCUGUCGAGUUGCGGCGGCCGAGGCACACACAACAGCAAAAUUUAAACAAUAUCGCAGUGAAAAGUAUUGCUUGCAUUUAAAAUGGUGGCUAGUUUAGUAUUUCGUGCAAACGGCUUUAUAAGGCUUUUUAUACAUUUUGACUGUCAAUUACACAUUAUUCAUUUCAAAAGAGCGUUGAAUGAAAUCGAACUCUUUACAUUUGAAACAGCUGUUUUAUACAGCUCCGUCAUUGGAGGGAAUGUUCUGAUCAACGGAGCCAUCCCCAUGAUUUACGAGCUGGGCUGUGAACUGGCCUACCCCACCAGCGAGGGGGCCGCCAACGGCUUGCUGACGCUGCUCAACAAUAUUGGCGGUCUCCUGUUUCUGGCGGUCUUCUCAUUCCCUAACAUAGGUAGGUCUUAGAAAUACUUAGGCCUUCUUGUAUAACUCAAUGCAGUGGGGCAUUUAGGUAGGUGCAAAUGCUGCAAUCUUUGCGAAUGUCUUAUAAAUUAGCAUUGGAUAAACGAUGUGUGUCUGUAAAUUAAGAGGUUGGAAGCGAAAUUUCACUGGGUGGCACCGGCCAGCAUCUAGGUAAUGAACACCUCCUCUUAAAGUUUCGCUAAAUAUUUGAAAAAUAAAAAAAUAGAUAAAAUAAAUAUUCUUGUAAAAAAAAAAAUAUAAAAAAAAAUUAAUUAAUUUGGCGUUUGUAGUUAGUAUUUUUAACCUCUUUCCCACAUAGAUGCAGGCGAUCGUUAAUUUGCACUGUGUAUCCCCUUUAUUAAGUCAAUUUUUUUGUUUUGUUUUGUUUUAGGUAACUCAUAUUAAAUUUGUAUAAAUUUGAGCCCUAUGUCCCUAUGUGGAUUAGUUUGUUAGAAUAAAGUAAGUACCGUAAACCCUUGUUUGUUCCUUUGGUGGUUAAACUAAUGUGUUUCAAAAAUUUGUUUUUUGUUUUUUUAAAACCCAGGCACCAUGUGGACCAACUGGACGGCCAUAGGUUCUAUAGCUGUCUGUAUUCCCUUGAUCAUCAUGCUGAAAGGAAGGUUUAACCGUCUGGAGGUGGACGAAGGCAUCAAUCCUGAACUUUACGCGGACCAAGAGCUGGAAGUGGCCACAGACCAGGAAAGUAAGCACUGAACAAUGGUGGAGGUGGCCAGAGAUCAGGAGAGUAGGCACUGAACCAUGGUGGAAGUGGCCAGAGAUCAGGAGAGUAGGCACUGAACAGUGGUGGAAGUGGCCAGAGAUCAGGAGAGUAGGCACUGAUCAACGGCUCAUGCGGACAAAUGUUACCGGACGACAAUCAAUUUAAUGUUACCAUUUAUUAAAUGAACCAUUAAAAUAAUCCAUUCUUAAAGUUUAAAUAUUCGAUUUUUGUAAAAUAAACUAUUCCUAAUGUUUCUUUUCCGCCCACUCGUUUAUUACUUGUUUGUGCACUUUAUUUCGCUACAGUUUGCAAACUGUAAACUAUAACAACUUGUCAUUUUAAGAAUUUGUAAAAUACAACGCAAUUGUAUUGGUUUAAUGUACAUUACGUUUUCUAAUUAAAUCGAGC